AUGACCACCGAACCCGCAUCGAUAAAGCUGAAAAGAGCUCUGCUUCAUCUCACCUCGAUCCAAAAAGAAGAGGACACUGCUUGCAGUCAUUGCCAGUGUGCACACUCACCCAACCGACGAGGGGAACAUCUUCUUAGUUCAGAUACUUGGGACCAGCUUGACGCUCUCUGUCGGCUAUUAUGCGAACUUAACCCAGAUAUCGAGAUUCCAUCUGGAAUAGACGAGGAUAUUGAUGAGGUGAUCGCCUAUCGGAACAGCCACACUCUGCUCACGUCCACGGCCUCUAUUACCCCAAAAAUCACUCUCCAACAUCCAGUCAUUGAGAAUGCGAAUCCACUCAGACUAUCUUCCUGGAAUGGAGAUAUCACCACUCUAUCAGAUGUCACAGCUAUCGUCAACGCAGCGAAUUCUGGACUCCUGGGGUGCUUCAUCCCCGAGCACCGCUGUAUUGACAAUGUGAUUCAUUCAGCUGCUGGUCCACACCUUCGCCAGGCCUGUCGCCUUAUCAUGGACUGUCAGACAGACCCCGAGCCUGUAGGGCAAGCUAGAGCUACACCGGGAUUCCAUCUUCCAGCAUCCGGAGUUCUUCAUACUGUUGGACCUCAACUGCGUCCCCGCGAGACGCCUCAGCCGCACCACGAGGAUCAGCUAGCCUCGUGCUAUCGUUCUUGCUUGGAUGCUGCAGAAACACUGCAGCCUCUUUCAGAUCAACGCAAGGUGAUCGCAUUCUGCUGUAUCUCCACCGGACUAUUCGCUUUCCCUUCUGACAUAGCAGCACGCAUUGCUGUGGAUACCGUCAGGAAAUGGCACCUUGAGCACCCGGUGACCAGCAUAACAGAUGUCAUAUUCAACACUUAUUUGGCGAAAGACCACAAGAUUUACCAGGACCUGUUGCAAUCGCUGCAAAAUACUCAAAUUGACGAGGAAAAUGGCUCUCUGAACUCCGCUUCAAUGUCAACAUCAACUUCAACUUCAAUUUCGAUCUCAACGCCAAUGCCAAUACUAGCACGUUUACCAUCACUACCCACAACCAAAACUAGAAAAGCUCGCACUUGGAUAGAAGAAGCCGAUGCCUUAAUCAUCUCAGCAGGAGCCGGACUCUCAGCCGCAGCCGGACUAGACUACACCUCUCACGCCCUCUUCACAGAACACUUCCCCGCAUUCCGCGCAAAGGGUCUACGCCGAUUAUACGACGUGAUCGGAUACAGCGGCUGGAGUAGUGAGGCCGAGAAAUGGGGCUACUUCUUCCUACACCUAGACAUGGUGCGCAAAUGGCCCGUCUCGCCAAUCUAUGAAAAGCUUCGUGGUCUGGCGGCGCGAUUUCCGAACAAGCAUUUCAUACGCACGUCGAAUGCGGAUGGGCUUUUUGUGAAAAAUGGGUUUGAUGGGGAUUUUGUUGCGACGCCGCAGGGUCAAUAUCAGUUUUUGCAGUGCUUUUAUAAGUGUCGGGCUGAUGCUUAUGUUCUUUCCGAUCCGCUUGUUGAGGAUGCGUUGCCGUUUAUUGAUCCCGUAUCUCAGGUUUUGAUGGAUGAAUCUAAGAUUCCGACGUGUCGAUUUUGUGGUGGGGAGAUGACGCUUUGUGUUCGUGGAGGGAAUUAUUUCAACUCUCGGCCUUUUCAAGAUCGAGAGCGGGCAUGGAAGAAGUUUUUGCGGGGCUUGGAGGAGGGAGACGAGAAGCAUGAGAAGCACGAAAAGGCCAAAGCAUCACGUCUACCUAAAAAGGUAGUUGUGCUUGAACUUGGCGUUGGCCUAAAUACACCUGGUGUACUGCGAUGGCCAAAUGAGAAUCUAGUCUCCGGGUCUGCAAGCAAAACAUUUCGGUUGAUCCGGGUUGGAAAGGAGGCAUCUGGGUGUGCACCUUGGGAAUUGGAGGAGGAGAAUCUAGCUGUUGGAGUUUCUGGCGAUAUUGCAGCUGCUUUGGAUCUGAUUAUUCCUUAG